CACAGCCUACAACAUCUUCUCUUCCGCACCGGACCACAAUUAUCAGAGCAGUUCUUGCUUCUCUCAGCGUACUUCACCGCCCAAGAUGAAAUUCCUUAUCGCGUUCCUCGUCUCAGUAGUAGCCUUCGCCUCAGCUUCUGUUAUCGACCCGGAGAUCUCGCUCUUGAGGCGUGAGCUUGAGGACGCCGCCGCCACUGUCGAUGCCGACGUCGAUAUCGCCGACCACGCGCUUCCUGAUGGCAGCAAGAAGUUCGAUAUUACUAUUGAUGGCGUCUAUGAGGGCUCUGUGAUUGAAUCCCAGAACGGCACAGUUCAGAUAUUUGAUGUCGACGGAAACGAGAUUGACGCCGAUGACCUCGAUGAAGUCGAUGAGACCAUUUCGGAGGAUGGCACUGUUGUGAAGCGUAAUCUCUUCAAGUUCCUUCGCGCCUUGGCUGGACCCAUCAGGAAGUAUGGCUCUAAGUUCCUGAAAUAUGGCAAGUGUGUGGGAUACAGAACCAUGAUUGAGUGCGCCGAGCACGUCGGAGACUGUGCUAGGCAGGGAAUCCUGCCUUGGUAUUGUCUCCCUCUUCAGUGGUGCGCUGGUGUGCGGGCUAAGAACUGCCGAUGGUAAAUGAUUGUCCUCUCUAGUAGGAAACCUCGUGCUCUUGGGACGGGAUAUCUCUUAGAUAUGUCAUCGCCUGUUGGAGAGAGUUUGGAAGUUGCUGAUGGAGGAGGCAUUCAGCAUUCAGGUGGGAACAUUUGACUUUCUUGAAAUAUCAGAC